AUGAGUCGCGGCAAGACGCCUCGAUUCGGCGACGACGUCGGAGGCGAGAGCUUUCCGACAUUUGCCGACGGCGACGUCAAACUCACUAUCACUGGCGCGCGGCAGUACCAACUUCACAGCGGUGUUCUCAAGAAUGCCUCUCCAGUGAUGCGCGAGCUCCUGGACAACGCGAACGCGGCCGACCUCUCCAGACGCGCGCUCAGCAACGGAAUCGUCGUCCGCCACAAGCUCGUCCUUGUCCACAAUCCCGACAACGAUGAUGAGGAACAGGAAAUCGACUAUGUCCUCGAGCCAGUCCUCCUCGAUGCCAUGGGACGCCCAUCCGGCAACAAUCCGGCCGGCGUGGGCAUGGAGCUCGAGGAAGGCCGUCGCAUCAACCCAAUUUUCAUGGCCUACGAUGCUGUCUUGGGCGCCAUGUACAACCAGCCCAUCAAUCUCGGCGACUCGCAACAAGAUGGAUUGUCUGACUUGCUUUCCAACGCCUUCCAGGUCACCGUGGUCUCAGAGUACCUUGACUGCAUCCGCAUCGUCAGCAAGCCAAUCGAAGCGACUCUUCUCGCUACAGGCCAGAACCUCAACCGAGCCAUCGCCUCCAAUCCCGUCCCGUGGCUGACCUUCGCAGCCCGUGUCAAAUCUCGCGCCAUCUUCAAAGAAGCUCUCAUCCACGCGGCCGGCCAAUUCAACCAGCCAAGCGUCAUGGAGAAGAUCAAUAGAGACGAGGUCCCCGGUGAUGUUCUGGAAGUACUCGUACGCAAGGGCAGGUGGGUGCAGAAGACUGUUUCGGACUCGACUCGCUAUCUUGCCUCCUACUACCCAUCGAUGCUUUUGCGUGAGGUUCGCCCAGGUGACAAGGAGAAUGUCAGUCGCGCCUCAUACGGCAACGAUAUCAUGAUGUGGAUCGCAGUCUGCAUAUUCCGUCACUGGAUCUGCGACCUCAUGGCUUCCGACCGCACUCACCACGCACCUGACAUGGGCUGGGCCUUCAUCAACGCCGUCUGCAUGGGAGGCGACAUCUACCUCUCGCGUCAAAUGCUCCAGCACAACUUCCACGUGCGCUUUCCAAUGACGGGCAAGGGCAUGGCUUGUGUUGAGCAUCGUCUCGCGGAAAUCAAGGACGAUGUCAAGCAGUGGGCAGUUCCACUCAAGAUCAAUAACUCCUCUCUCGACCUGAGUCAGAUGCCAGUCAGCCACUUCCUGCACAUCAACGUCAACAAUCAUGACUUCCCGUGGGUUGCAGCUGAGGAAAUGAUGGAACAAGAGAUGAAGCCCUUGAAGAACACCCGGAACGACGAGGCGCAUCAAGAGACUCCGCCGCCAUCGGGCUCCAAAUCGAUCAUUCCCAAUGGUUUUACGAGUGGUACGCCGCCGGAGGAGGACUCCGACGAUGAGAUGAUUGACUUCAGCGCCUUCCGUCGUCGCAGUCGCAAUAGCCCAGUCUUCAACACUGCUGAAACUAGUGAUUACGAGUACGAUACCGAUGUGAAUACUGAGGACGAGGAGCGCGAGAUGAUGCAGAGCGCUCUCGAUGGCAUGAGGGAGGAGACGCAAGCUUAAGGAGCUCCGUCCAGGUGACGAGUAGAGACUUUCCGUCGGAGAGCGAGACGAGUUGAAACAUUGGCCAGGAGUGUAUCUUGUGUCAAGUGCCUUGAAGGAUUGAGAGGAAGCCACACCGGAUGGCUUAGACAGCCAUAGCAUGCCGCCAAUACUAUACUGGAAUCUAUCCAAGCACAUCAAAUGGCGCAAGGCACGGCUCCACCAGAUGACUACAGCUGAGGUCGCGGCGUCAAACAGCAUAGCUUUGUCUCAACCUUUGCUUUUAGGUUAAGUCCUUUUGGCUUGAACACACAUUAUGGCUCUACUUUCCUUUCGUCUUAUUAGCCAGUUCCAUGCAAAGUCCACAACUUGAAGCCUCCCGGCAAAGCCUUCUGGAAAAGACCUUUUGGAUCAUACUUCUUGCUCACGUUUCGCAAAAACUCGACCUCAUCCUCGCCAUACCCUCCAAUGGGAUCCUGCCACUUAUCCGCGUAGUUGAGAUAAAUGCUUCUCUGCCAAACGCCCAUCUCUUUCGCCAAAUUCUUUCCUUCCAUGUACAAUUUCUGGAAUGCAGUCUCCACUCUAUCAUCAUGAAUCGAGCUUCCCCAGGUGACACUCGACAACACAUUAACGAUGUUUCCAUCUUCGGGACGGUAGCCGAGCACGUUACCACCUGUAGUCUCUGCUUUCGAUGUUAUGAUGCGUGGAAUUGGUUGAAAUGAUGCGCUGCAGACGAUGUCAGGUAUGGCCAACAGAAGGCUCUCGGAGGUGGCAUUCAGCAUUUCGAGGAAUUUUCUGCCAAAGUUCAAGUCGUUCUUGUAUGACAACGUUACGAACAUGGAUCGGCUACCUGUGCCAGUGACACCGUCUUCCUCCUUUGGGCUGCGC